ACAAACGGAGCAUUUAGUGAGUUCUUUUAAUAUUUUAAUAUAAAAAGUUUACAAAUGCUCCGUUUGACCGGAGCAUUUGAUAGUUUUUUUUUUUUAUAAAAAAGGAAUUUCCUUGGGUUUACCGCCCCUUUCUCUCUCCUCUUUUCCUUUGUACCUCCAUUUCCUUUUUUUUUCAUUUCACUUCAUCGACUUAGGGUUUUCUCUUCCUCCUUUCUUUUUCUUCCUCUCAUUCAACCACCGUCCUCUUUCUCCCUUGUAAAGCAAGUUUCAGUUUCUUCAAAUUAAGCAUUAUAUAUUAUCAGCAUUUCUCGAACCUAUUGAGUUUUUGAAGCUAUGGAAAACGCUGCUGCAACUGCUGCUGCCGCAUGAAGCUUCAAUUUGCCUUUGGUGAGUUUAAACACACACACACUCCUCAGUUUGCUCACAGCUUCAGUUUGCCUUAAGAUGAUUUUGAGGAUGUUCGCCCGAAAGUUAAGUGCAAUCGUGUUGUUGAAGAUGUAACCGCUAUAAAAUUUGGCCAGAUUAGUUUGAUUGGGAACCAAGAACGAAGCUAGAAAGAGCGGUAGACUUCUUCAACUUUGAUGCAGAACAAGGGGAAGCACCCAGAGUUACUAGCUUGAAGCAUGUUCUACCAUUUCCCGAGGGCCAUUAUCAUGGUGAAAAUUCUUACUUUGUAGCAGAUUCAAGAGGCUUUGAGAAUUUGGUUCAUCUUAUUGCCAAACAAUUCCUCUCUUACAAAAAGGGUGUAGUCAACGAUCCUAGGGUCAAGUUUAAUCAGGUAGUAAAUGAGAUUGAACAUUCAAACAAUGCUGUAUUGACUGCAAAUCAUUGGUGGAGAACAUAAAACUGGCUUCAGAAAAGAUAUGCUGAAAUACAUUCAGAUACUAAGCAUGAGCAACACUUAAAAGUACUUGGGUACCAUUGGCGUGUGCUUCGCUUCAACGAUUUUACACGGCAGAGUGCUGUAAAAGUUAUGGCAGCUUUUGAAGUGUCGGAUCCUAGUUCAGUAUACUACAUGCAGCAACCGCACGUUUUGGCUGUUCCUUAUACAAGAAGCAUGCUAUUAGUUCUCUAUCAUCUACUAGUUAUGAUCUUGUGAGUGCACUCACUGGAAAGAACAAAAUGCGGAUAUUAUGUGUUGGUCAUGGCGGAGGAAGUUUACCAUUAUUUUUAACUUCUAAAAUUCAAGGGCAAAAUCAGAUGUUGGAGAAAACAUAUGAUGGAGGCUCUGGUAAAUUCAAAGAUUGCAUAAGUGAGGCACAUGACUGGAAAAGCAGUUACCAAGCUUCCAAGGAUGAUCUCACUGUGUUUUCUGCUGUAUUUAAAGCAUCUUUGGCUUCCUAUGUCAACGUAUCUAGGUGGUACAAACAUAUCGAUGCACUUUUGAGGAUCUCUGGUGUGUCUGGUGAGGGAUCAGGUGUUACUGUUGAAGGUAAUGCUCCUGCUUCUGAUGUCGCUACACCUCCAGCAGCUGACUCUAAGGCUUCAGCUGCUGAUGAUGACGACGAUGAUGAUGUUGAUCUUUUAGGGGAAGAGACUGAAGAGGAGAAGAAGGCUGCUGAAGAACGAGCGGCGUCUGCUGCUGCUAAGCCCGCUAAGAAGAAAGAAUGUGAGUAUUUCUGCUGUCUCGAUUUUUGUAGAAGGAAUGUGUAUACCUGAGAAACUCUCAACUUAUAACUUGUAAACUUGCUAUGCAAACACUGCAUAUCACACUGGCGUCUUCCAGAAUUGUAGGGAAAGUAACUUCCCAAAUCAUCUCUUUAUACAUAUGUGAAUCUUUCAAGGUGUUUAAUUGAUAUUUAUCUUGUGUUUUGGACCACACUUCACUGAUGUUUGAUUCAAGAGUAAUAUGUGCCCUGCUAGUUCUCUACUUAUAUCAUCACUUGAUUCUAGUUAGCUUAUGAUUUUUUCAUGUGGGAAAAUCUUGAUGUGUAGUUGUCCUUUUCUCCUUUGCUUAUAACCUGUGUUUCUUGUUCUCUUUUUAAUCUCUUUACUUAUGGUGUGAACAAGAAUUUUUGAUCUCUUUACUUAUGGUGUGAACAAGAAGGCUUAUUAAGUAUUGUUGUACUGUGUAAGGUAGAAAAUACAGAAUAUACAAGAACUUUGAGGCUUUUGUUUUCAAUUCUUCCUUUUCUCUUUGUUUAAGGGGAUAAAAACUUGAAAGCCAGGUUAUAGAGGAAUUACCUUACUUGAGACCCACUAACUUUCGCCUUUCUUACAUUUUCUGGAAUGAUUAAUUUAAAGUCUUUCUAUUGAUGACUUCCUAUGAGUUGGAGAUGAUUUAUAAAUUAUGCAAACCAUCUCAAUUCUAUGUUUCAAUGUUAUUAUUUUCGGUUUAUUAGAAUUUUAAGAGGAUAAUGUCCUUUUUUAGUACCUUUCGCAACAUGGGUAACUUCCUUUUGUUGUAUCUUAUUUUCUUUUUGUUAUGAGAUCAAAGAGCAUUCUAAUCUUAAUGCACUCUGCUGCUGGAGUUGCUUUCUAAUCUUUAUGCAUUUUACUGCAUUUUGAUAUUGUUAUAUUAUUUGGUUUGUCUCAU